AUGCCUCCACGCCACCAAACUCUCCCACCAGCUCAAACCUCCUCCGCCCGCGAAGCCCUCCAAUCAUUCUACUGUCAGCUAUGUCAAAAAGGAUACAGCCGCAUGAACGACUAUGAAGCCCACCUCUCCUCGUACGACCACAGCCACAAGCAGCGUCUUAAGGACAUGAAGCAGAUGGUGCGGGACCCCCAAGCUGCCGCACGCGCUAGGAGACAAGAGCAAAAGAAUGAGGGCGUCAUCUCCAUCAAGCUUGGAGAAGCUGCGGCUGGUGGUGCUGCUGCUCCCGGGGGUGGUGGCUUCAAGAAGGGCGGGUUUAAGAAUCCGGGGUUUAAGAGUGCCUUUGUUCCUUUCGGGGAAAAUAAACCGGCCGCGGCCGUGACUACACCAGCACCAUCGACUAAGGAUGAUACAGCGGCGGAGAUCAAGAGGGCACCGAGAAGCGAGCUGGUUGAGAGCGACACCGAAGACGAGGGAUACGAGGUUUACGAUCCUAGCAAACCGACCGACUGA